AUGAGCUCUCCGCUUACUCGUACUACUCUGCGCUCUGCUACUCGUGUCUCAUCUACCCCGUUGCGUGCGCCUGUGCGCUCGCUGAGUGUACUCGCAUCGCAUGCUACACGCGCGACGCGUGUGAUGCCGUCGUCGUCGUCUGUGCGUCCAGCGAUGCCCUCGGUGAUGCGUGGCAUGAAGACGUUGGACUUUGCCGGCACACCGGAAAAGGUGUAUGAGCGCGAGGACUGGCCUUUGGAGAAGCUGCAUGACUACUUUAAGAAUGACACAUUCGCUCUCCUUGGCUACGGUUCGCAGGGCCAUGGCCAAGGCCUGAACCUGCGAGACAACGGACUGAAUGUGAUCGUUGGCGUGCGCAAGGACGGCGAGUCGUGGCGCCAGGCCAUGGAAGAUGGCUGGGUGCCAGGCAAGAACCUGUUCACCAUUGAAGAGGCUGCGACAAAGGGCACAAUCUUGAUGAAUCUCCUGUCUGACGCUGCGCAGACGUCAACAUGGCCCGAACUUCAAAAGUACGUCACGAAGGGCAAGACACUGUACUUCUCGCAUGGAUUCUCGAUUGUGUACAAGGAUCAAACAAGUGUCGUUCCCCCAAGUGAUGUGGACGUCAUCCUGUGCGCACCGAAGGGCUCAGGCCGCACUGUGCGUACAUUGUUCAAGGAAGGACGCGGUAUCAACUCGUCCGUGGCUGUGUUCCAGGACGUGACAGGCCAAGCGUUGGAAAAGGCGGUGGCCAUCGGUAUCGCCGUUGGAUCUGGCUACAUCUAUGAGACAACCUUCGAGAAGGAAGUGUUCUCGGACCUGUACGGCGAGCGUGGCUGUUUGAUGGGUGGUAUCCAGGGUAUGUUCAAGGCCCAGUACGACGUGCUCCGUGCGCAUGGACACUCGCCGUCAGAAGCAUUCAACGAGACGUGUGAGGAGGCACUCGAGUCGCUGUACCCGCUUGUGGCGCAGAACGGCAUGGACUACAUGUACAAGGCCUGCUCGACCACAGCCCGUCGUGGUGCUCUUGACUGGGCGCCAGAGUUUGAGGCCGCUUGCAAGCCGGUGUUUGAGCGCCUGUACGAGAGUGUGAAGAAUGGCUCUGAGACGCGCCGCGCUCUUGAGUUUGGCUCCCGCAAGACGUACCGCGAGGACUACGACAAGGAGACCGAUGCCAUCGCGGACCAGGAGAUGUGGCGUGUUGGUCACGUCGUGCGUGCUCUGCGCCCCAACCGAAAGUAA